CACCCAAGAUUCAUGAGAAGAUUUUUUUCAAGGUCCCAAACAUAUCUAGCAAAUAGGCAACCAAGGAACAAAGCAGUUAUAGUUGGUUUUUGGAGGGAAAUUAGCCAUGGCAUCUCUAGCAAACUUCGCCGCGGUGCAACCCUCCGCCUUCAAGGGCGUCACCAGAAGCUCAUUUUUCGGGACACAGCACCAGCUAAAGUCAUCUCGCCGGAGCAUGAGACCCACCAAAUACAGAGCUGGUGCAGUGGUGGCCAAGUACGGCGACAAGAGUGUGUACUUUGAUUUGGAGGAUUUGGGCAACACCACUGGCCAGUGGGAUUUGUAUGGUUCAGAUGCACCCUCACCAUACAACCAUCUCCAGAGCAAAUUCUUCGAGAGAUUCGCAAGGCCGUUCACAAAGAGAGGGUUUUUGCUCAAGUUCUUGAUACUGGGAUUUGGUUCCACCCUGGCUUUCGUUAGCGCCACCGCCUCGCCCGAUCUCCUUCCGAUCGUAAAGGGUCCCCAGCUUCCACCCAAGCUCGGACCCCGUGGAAAAAUCUAAUCCUCCUGGAAUUAUAACCUUAACAUGGUUUUACUCAACCUUUCUAUUCUGUUUCAAUGCAUCUUGUUCUAUGCGUUUGUAAGCGUGCCCGGAGUUAGCGAAAACAUCUGUUGUCUGGGAAAUAACUUGUUUCAGUUUUGAUUCAAGAUUUACUUUCUUGCU